AUGGAAGAAAAGACAUUGAAGUUUAGUUCUCGAGCUACACAUAUUUGUCGUGAGUCUGAUCCAUCUCAGCCGACGCACUUCCUUUCUCGAAGAUAUGGUCAAAGAAUGUCUAAAUGCCUCAUAUGCAGAUACAAGAAACAACGCACUAAGUAUCAUCUCCAUUGUGAUACCUGCGACUACGAUGUCCACAAGAAUUGUUAUCUCUUACCAAGAUGUCGUUUAUCGGAUCCAACUAGGCCUCACGCCCUUCAAGAGAGAUAUCAUUAUUUCUCUAGUUGCCAUACAUGUGGAGGCGUCGGCUCCGGAGAUGAUCUGAGCUAUUACUGUGCUACUUGUAAACUCUGUUUCCACAAGGUUUGCAACUUGUACCCGCCUGAGAUGAGACAUCCUUUUCACGCUCAACAUCCUCUAAAGCUCACCUUCUCCUCAGAUUCUUCUUUUUCUGAUUUGAAACACUUGCCCACUUCAUGGCAAGAGGAACCCUCAGAUUCCGAAACAGAGCCUGAUGCAUCCGAAUCCGAUGAUGUCUCUAUCUCGAUAUCCGAUUUGAGAUGCAAAUGCUGCCGGAGGCAUCUCCAAGAGGUAUACUAUCACUGCUCUUCUUGCAACUUCAGCCUAAACCUGACUUGUACUAGAAACCCACCACCUUUCACCAUCUUUCAUGCCAAGAGCCAUGAGCAUCCCCUUUCCAUUUUCCCUAGACGAAUCCCUUCCCCAUGUGAUGCUUGUGGCUUGUCUCUUGAAAACACCCAUGACCUCGUCUAUGCUUGUCUCUCGUGUAACUUCAUAGUUCACAGGGCAUGUAUCUACUUACCCCGUGUCAUUAAAAUCACCCGUCAUCCGCACCGUUUAUCUCUCUCUUCCUCUCUUCCUUCCGGAUUAUUCCGUUGUGGAGUCUGUCGCCGUACCAUCGAUGUGACCUAUGGGCAGUUUUCUUGCAAUAAGGGAUGUCACUAUGCAGUCCAUUCCAGAUGUGCAGUAGACGAAAGAGUAUGGGACGGAAAAGAUCUUGAAGGAGUUCCAGAAGAACCCGAUGAAGACGUCCAGCCAUUCGAGAGGAUUGAUGACGAGACAAUACAACACUUCAGCCAUGACCAUCAGCUACGACUCCACAUGAGCGACGGAGCUUGUGAUGAUGAUGAAAACAAGUUCUGUCAGGCAUGCAUCAUCCCAAUCUUAGUGUCUCAACUUUUUUAUGGUUGUUUGCAGUGCAACUUCCUUCUCCACGAAGCAUGUGCGUCCUUUCCUCGUGUAAAAGACCAUCCCAUACACAAACACCAGCUUAUACUUCAUCCAAUUCCUCCUGACCCACUCAAGGUUGUGCAGCUCCAGGGAGGGGGUGGCCGGUAUUCGCGAUAUGUGGAAGGCAUGUUCAAAUGCGGUGGUUGUGACCAAUCUGGUUAUGGUUUCGUGUACAUAUGCAGGGAGCAAGGCUGCCAAUUCCAAGUAGACGCAAGGUGUGCUUCCCUUCCGGAUCCUUUUAUCCAUGGAAGCCAUUCACAUCAUGAUCUCUUCUUCAAUCACACAAAAGGGGAAUGCAUGGGGUGUAAGACUAGCCAUUGUUCACCAUUUUACCUAGAGUGUAUGGAAUGCAAGUCUUUCUUGGGCCUAAAAUGCGCUACUUUACCGAGUAAGACACACUACAAGCACGAUAAGCAUCCACUCGCUCUUUGCUACGGGGAAGAAGAUACAACGUCAAAUGCUCAAUAUUGGUGCGAAAUAUGUGAGACAAUAUUAGAUGCAAAAGAGUGGUUCUAUACAUGCAAUGACUAUUGCAAUGUCACAGUUCAUGUAAAGUGCUUACUGGGGAACCCAAUCUUCUUGAAGCCCGCGUCCUUCGACCUAGGCAAUGUUACGGUUUCUGUUAUUCGUAACAGUGACAACACUCGAGCAGUUUGCUAUAGGUGUGAUGGUCGUUCCGUACAGCCCUUUUUGUUUAAGUUCGCUAAUGCUUCUUCGUGUUCUUUUGAUUGUUUAUGGAAAAACGUAUUUAAAUAUAUUUAG